AUGCAAUCGAACCGACCUGGUGUCUCCUCAAGUCUUCACUCCACAAUCAGCAGCAGGGCGAGGAUAAAUAAAAGGAACAAAAAGAAACGGUACAGAGCCCGGCGUGCCAUGAAAAGGCGUUGUGGCUAUGCCAAAAAAAGACAGUUAGGCUUAAGACCUGGACAGAGAAGAUCCGGACAUUCCAGCCCUCAGUCACAGAGUCCACAAAGACAUGACAGCAACAGUGAUGACCAAAACCUGAUUGGUCAGCUGGGAACUCAAGCACAGUCUAUUAGUGAGCAGGACCUCACCAGCUGCCAUUGGCUCGGCUACGGAGCUCAUAUAGGAAACGAGACGCGGAACAUCGAGUUCAAGAACGGUCAAGGAAAUUACAUGCAGACUGUUUUCAGCCAACACGUUUCCAAGUAUGGAAGUGCCUUCCUGAACAGCGAGGGGGGCAGUCUGGUGGUCGGGGUGAACGACAGCGGACUGGUUUGUGGUGUGCACUUCAACCAUGAAGAGGAAGACAAGACUCGCUUGUUGGUGGACCGUAUCGUGAGGCUCUUCCAUCCUCCUCUACUACCUCACCAAUAUAGCCUGCGGUUCAUACCCGUGGUAAAGCUCGGGUUGCAGUGGAACCACCUAAAGGUGCUGUGCCUCACCUUCAAAGCACCUCCAGGCUACAGUGAGCCGACCCUCUAUCAGACUGAAGAAGGGUAUAUGUACAUAAGGCGGGAUGGGAGUGUUGAAGGUCCUCUGACUAACGCUGUCAUCCUGGAAUGGUCCAAACAGAAAUGGAAAAGAAAAGUGGACAAGCUGGAGCAGUACCUGUAUGAAGCCAGAUCUGAGAUGUGGUUCCUGGCCGGGCAGGUCUUCAGAAUACCUCAUUUUAUCACUCCACUGUAUAACUUCAUGGCCACAUUACAGAACCAGCAGAGGAGCCCUCCAGAUGGAGAUGCCAGCGCAAACCUCGUCCAACCUCCUGCAGAAAGUUCCUGUCAUGCCAGAUCAGCUCACAACAGCAGAGCUCCAGAUCAGGCAGAGGAAUCCCCUCCACCUCCACCUCCACCUCCACCUCCACCUUCACCUCAACAAGACAGGCAGAUGUGA